UAUAAGUUCUAUGUGCAGUGUUGUAGUGUCCAGUACGAGUCUGACCGCGGUGGAUACAACAUGAGCUUCGAAAAUAAGGUUAUAUUAAUAACCGGUGCCAGUUCGGGCAUUGGCGCCGCCACUGCAGUCGAGUUCGCGAAGCAACGAGCCUCCGUUGCCAUUGUCGGCAGGAAUGCAGUCAAACUACAAACUGUCAAUGAAGAAUGCCAGAAACAUGGAGUAACUCCACUCAUCAUCAACAUCGAUAUAUCGAAAGAAGAAGCUGCAAAUGAAAUUAUUGAUAAAACAAUAGAGAAAUAUGGACGACUUGACGUACUAGUAAACAAUGCAGGUAUUGUGGCCACUGGUGGGUUGCUUGACGGAGCAGUAAUGAAGUCUUACGACAAAAUCAUGAACACGAACCUUCGAGCUGUAGUCGCCCUCACGAGUGCUGCGGUUCCGUAUCUCAUAAAGAGUAAAGGGAACAUUGUCAACGUGUCGAGUACGCUGGCUACACAAGCGGGUCCAUUAAUGAUGGCGUACUGCGUGUCAAAAGCAGGUUUGGACCAUUUCUCUAACACAGCGGCUUUGGAGCUUGCGGCUGCGGGAGUCAGAGUGAAUAUCGUGACUCCAGGUCCAGUAGUGACUGAUAUCUUAGAGAAUGCUGGCAUGCCAAAUACUUGGGAGGAUUGGGGUAAGCGGACUCCUCUCGGUAAAGUGGCUUAUUCAACCGAAGUGGCUGAUGUGAUCCUGUUCCUAGCUAGUGACAAGGCUCACAGUAUCACCGGUGGCAAUCUCACUAUCGAUAAUGGAAUUAGAUUGAAAUUAUAACGUUUUGGCCUGAUAACUGAUGUGUAAUAUGGAUUGAAGGAUUCUUCUUUGGUGGUUAAUAAAGUGUUUUGUUU